AUGUCUACAACCACCUCCCCAACGCUUCCCCCCGAAUUGUGGGAACGAGUGAUUGAGCAGUGCAAUGAAGAGCCGGUUCUCGUGGAACUAUGGAUGUCUUAUCGUCAUGUGUGUCGUGCGUUUCGCGAUGCGGUUGAGAAAUUGUUCGCGGAGAGGCAUCUGCGCAAAACGUGGAUCAAUUAUGCACUUGGGACUCUUGAGGACCAGGACGGACGCAAGACGAUGGUUGGCAUUACAUUCGAGUUUAUGGAGUUGUCUGAAGAUAAAACAAUUGCAAUAUUUCAAGGGGACAUUGACGACCGGUCGAAUCAAGGCUGCGUAAAGGAAAGACUACGAGAAGCCAUCAAGAGAACCGAGGACGGGAAUCUACAUAUGCAUAAUAUUGCUGUCCCACAGCAUACAGUACAAGUUCAUCGUGAGAUCAAUGAUACGCCAAUACCAGGACUCGAGAUGGAUUGGGACAAGAUGCGAUUGAGUUGUGAUUGGAAAGCUUUGUUCACGCGUUUCUACGCAGAAGAGAAGCAUUAUAAUCGACUUAUGGACACUUUCUUGGAAGAUAACAAGGCUGCUGCGGACGAGAUGAAGGAAAAGAUGGAGAGAGGGCUGAUGAGUAUGGGUGAUCUGUUCAAACAGGCUAUGGAGAUGGUGGGCGAUACCAACAAAAUAUCGUACAAAAGAGCAAGACGCGCUCGUAUCUCAAGGAUGAUGCAAGAGAACAAUUGGGGUUCGUGGAACUGGGACCAGGAUGAGGAGAACAAAAAGAGUGAGAAGAGGGUGCUGUCCGAGCUAGCAAAAUUGAGGCAGUGGGCCAGUACGCAGGACGACAGUGACUUUGAUGGAGAGCAGGGUGGCGACGUAGUGGACUCGAGCGAUGAAGAAGAUGCUGAGUGGGAGGACGCUGACGACGAUGAUGAAAGUGAUGGAGAAGUGAGCAUGACCGAGGAAGAAAUGGAGGCGAUGAUAGAUCGUAUGGAUGAGGCAAUGGGAGGAGGAGCGCCACCACUAUACCAUAAGACAUGA